AUGGGGCAGUUCCCUCUUAAAGCCCUCGACGUGCUGCGCACCGUUGCAGAGCGCUUCGAGGCCAUCGAGGAGGGGCAGGGCGGAUACGAGGGGGGCCCCGGUGCGGCGGCCACGGACGGGCGCACGGCGGUGGAGCGCGUGGCGCUGCUGCCGGAGCUCUCGCACUCGCUGCGGGACCGCAUGUCCGAACAGAUCUGCGCCGCUGCUGCUCAGAUGGGUGCGUGCCGCCCCACUGCCUCCAUGCGUCUGGGGGCAAAGGCAAUAAUCGCCUUCACCCAAAGGGGCUACAUGGCGUCGUUGCUUUCGCGCUGCCGCCCCAACUGCCCCAUCUUUGCCGUCACGCCCUCCCAGGUACGCCCUCCCAGGUACGCCCUCCCAGGUACGCCCUCCCAGGCGGUGAGGCAGCACAUGAGUGUGUACUGGGGCCUCGUGCCAUUCCGCCUCGACCUCUCAGACGACGCCGAGGACAACAUGCGGCGAGCCUUCGCCGUGCUCAAGGUGGGUGGGGCAGAGGGGCAGGGCAGGCGUCCUUCCACUCCACCUCCCUCUCUGCCUUGCACUUCCCUCCCCUCCUCCCUCCUCUCUGCCACUCUUCGCCUCUCCCUCUCACAGCACCACGCCGUUUCCCCCUCUCAGCCACUCCCCCACCCCUCUUUUACAACCCCUCGCGUCGCCCCCGCCCCAACCCGUCCCCCACCCCCCCAGGCGAGGGGCCUGGUGGCAGAGGGCGAUCUCAUCAUCGCCGUCUCUGACGUGGCGGGCGGGCAGGAGGCCGUGGGGGCCAGGCAAAGCGUGCAGGUCCGCAAGUUGCAUGCUGCAUGCUGCAGCAGGGAGGGCAGGGGGGGAAGGCAGCCUGUAGUGCAAGCAGCCCUCACACGCUCCACUCCACCAGAGGCUGCCGUCGGCUCUAGGCUGACGGCGUAG